CUUUAAAAUCAUUUCCUGAAAACUUAGUAGAGAGAUGAAACCUACAGCAGGAAGCGAGAUGAUCUUCUGGAAAUUUUUACUUUUGCUGCACUCUGAAGAUUAUUUGCUUCAGGCAAGAAAUUUUUGGGUGCUGCUGAAAUUUCGGAGAUCUGGGAAAAUGGGGUAAUAACAUGACACCAGCUCUUAAGCAGCAACAUCUGCUGUGGUUCAAAGCCACACAAAGAAAGCUGCUUAAGCAGUUGAAUAUUUUGGACUGCACGGACAAGUGUGGUUCGACUGCAAAGACUGCAGAGUAGAGGAAACUUAACGUUUUAGAGAAGUUGUUAAAAAAUGGAGUCGUGGAAGAUGAGCAUCUUUAAGAGACAGACAUCACCUUGUCCUCCAAGCUAUCGAAGAUCUUUGUCAGAACCUGCUGAUGCAAAUUCAGAGAUAGGAGCAAGCUUAAAGAGCUAUCCUUGGCGUGGUCCAGUGAAAAGCAAGAGGAAGAAAAAUGAACAUGCUGCAUGCAGUCUAGGAAAGCCACUGGGUGCUUAUCGGUGGCAAACACAUCCCAGCUAUAGGUGGAAAGGGGGCAAAAGGGAGAGGUUGGAGACUAAUAAAAAAGACUUGGAUGAACCUCAACAAAAGGUCCUGUCAAAGAUGGUUGGCAAUAAGGCUUCUUCUUCUGCUAACGAGGUCCUUGGAACAUCAACAGAGAAGCUGAACCUGGUCAACACCCGGUCACUUCGGGUUCCGUUCACCAGAUCUAUUUCAGAGCCAGAACCCCGCUGCAAUAUCGGAUUUGUUAGACCGUGGCCGACUUCAGGGAGGUCAGAGGAAUCUGAGCAACAGGGAUAUUUCAUCCGUGGCAUUUUCUCUACUCUUUCCAAUGGCUUCUCCAGGAUGCUGAGUCUAAAAGGAGAAUCAACCAAUGAGUCAGUAAGAGAAGGUGUGAAUCUUCCUGCAUUUCUCAUUCCCCACAAGAGAAGGAAUACAAUUGGCCCAGGAGACCUGAAUUCUACUUCCAUUUAUGCCAGUUAUCAUCUGCAAAGCUUCACCUCUGAAUCUCUCUUUUUACACUUCGUGGAAUAGUAAUGCCUUCCUCACAAAUGAUAGACACAAUUUGAAAAUGUUAUGUACAUUAUAGUUUACAUAACAUCUAUUCACAGAUGCCAUGUGAAUAUAAAGUGUUCUCAUUAGAGUUGCUAUUAUAGUAUUAUAGCAAGGUACAGAAUAUUAAACCAUAGAUGUCUUAAAGACUGUGUUAAGAAAAUCAAUGUAUUUCUUAAUUUGAAACCUACGAGUGUUUGUUACUUUUUUUCCUCAAUAUGAACUGCAGAUGCAAGAGGCAUUAGGUAAUGUAGUAUGUAUUUAAAGUGUGUAAAACAG